UUAGAAAGUCAUCGCCUGUCGGAGGGUGCGGUUCUCGCGAGUUUGGAGUGUCUUACAGUGUCGCGUUAAGAAAAUCGGCUUGGACUUAAUGUUUCCAGUUGGUAAUUUUAGUAGUGAACGAGGCUUGAAAACGCGAUAGUUGAAAAAUAUUGAUUAGGAUUCGCGAGAGAGGAAAAAGUGACAAGUGUCGAGAAAGUUUUGGUUGGAGAAACGUCGAGACCGAGGGCAAAAAAAGUUGGCUGGGCCGCUGGAGUGGAGACGUCGCGCUGGUCGAGUCUAUCGCUGCGAGGUGACGACGACGACGACGCCAUUUUGUCGUGUGUGAAACGAGAGAGAGAAGAGUUUUUGAGUUUCGAAAUUCGAGGGAAGUGUGAAGUGCGUGUCUCGAGAGGUGGCGGAUGAGAGGACCGUCACUGACAAGUGGAACUGGGUUGUAUGUAGAAGAGGCAGAAACACUUCAUCCUGUUUUCCAUCACGAACCAGUGACAAUGAGGCUGGAAAUCGUUUCAGCAGCAGACUUUCUCGUGGACCUGCUGCGCAUGCAGACGGGCCAGGUGACGGAGCGGCAGCUCGAGCUGUUCAAGACGUCGUUGACGGAGGUGCUCAAGAGACGGUACAGGGACCACUGGUUCCCCGACAGACCCAACCGCGGCUCGGGCUACCGCUGCAUCAGGAUCAACGGCAAGAUGGACCCGGUGAUCGCCCAGGCGGGCGCCAACGUCGGCCUCGUGCCCACCGUGCUCCACAGCCUCUUCCCGACGGAGUUCACCAUGUGGAUCGAUCCCGCCGAAGUGUCCUACAGAAUCGGCGAGAACGGCUCCAUCUGCGUCCUCUACGAGAAGACGGCCGUCGUCGAGCAGGAAGACAGCCCGCAGCAGAGUCAGCAGUUCCAGGAGCACAUCCAACACCACCACCCACAGCAGCAGCAAUUCGAGAGCUGCAAGGACUCGCUGCUCCUCGAGUAUCCUCAGUUUAGCGAGCAAAUCGCGGCAUUUGUGUCCAGUUGAACAACUCCAUUCCGAAGCACCGCGGCGGAAACGCACUCCAGUUUCCGUCCCGAUCUUCGCUCAGAUCGUGUAACGAUCCCCAACAGGAUCCCCUUCUCGCCAUCCAUCUCCUCAGCCGUGCGAUCUCGUCGCUAAUCAUUUGCCAACAACAACAACAACAACGUCUUCUUCCCCUCCUCGCUCUUGUUGACUCGAGCGCGGAACUCCCGGAGAAGACGAGCUUGCAGCUCGGCCUAGGAACUUCUUUAUGAUCUCAGCAUCCCAACAUUUAUUUUUCCCCCGAAGACCAAGAAACGAAAAUUUAAUGUACACAAAGGGAGAAGACAGUGUGUGUGUCUAUCGUUGUCCUACCUGCCUUCUCACGAUCCUUCCUCUUCGUGCUGCUUAAUACACCGUUCCAGUUAUUCGUCAUCAUCUUUCGAGGAUUUCCAAAGGUGCCUUCCCCUGGGGAGGCAUUUUUGUCUAGAGAAAAGGAACAUCGUCGCUCGGUGGGAUUUUACACUCAGACCCACAGGAAUCGACUGCUUCGAUAUAUUUACGUGUGUAAUUGACCUAUGCGCGUUUAUAUGUACAUAUAUAUAUGAACGUUGUAUAUUGUAAGUGCCGUAUGUGUGCACGCACUAGCACUAGCACUACUGAUAGCAAUACUACGUGCGUGCGCGCUUAUCGCCGGAAAUUGUGUAUAUUAUAUCCUUUUGAAACAACUGUGAUUUUCUUCGCGAAGGGAGAGUAAUUGGGCAAAAUAAGUAGGGAGAGAGUGAAAUGUUGCUAAUCUGUGUGUAUGAAAGAGAGAGUAUAUGAUUUUACAUGAAAUAAAUCUGCAGUGUACUUGAGAGAAGAAAAUGAU